AUGGCCUCCCUAGCCCCUCUCAUAUUAUUGCUCUUAUGUUUCUUAACUUGUAUUGCUCCAACAUUUCAAGCCUAUUCCCCAGACUACUACACCACCCCCAAAAUCACUCCCAAAAACAUCAUGAACGUGGUAGACUCGUGUUGGCGCACAAAGUCCAAUUGGGCCACCAACCGCCGCGCGUUGGCCAACUGCGCAGUAGGCUUCGGCAAAGACGCGUUGGGAGGAAAAUACGGGGGUACUUAUGUAGUCACGACCUCAGAUGAUGACCACCCUGCACCCGGCUCACUCCGUUACGGGGUGAUCCAAACGCAGCCAUUAUGGAUCGUUUUUGCCAAGGAUAUGGUCAUCACGCUCAAAAAUGAACUCAUUAUGAAUAGUUUCAAGACCAUAGAUGGUAGAGGGGCUAAAGUUGAAAUUGCGUACGGACCAUGCAUAACGGUGCAGGGCGUUAGCCACGUCAUUAUACAUGGAUUAAGCAUUCAUGAUUGUAAGCCUGGGAAGGGUGGGAAUGUUAGGAGCACUCCUACACAUGUAGGGCAACGUCUAGGGAGCGACGGAGACGCCAUAUCUGUCUUUGCUUCAUCGCAUGUUUGGAUUGACCAUUGCUUCCUAGCUCGUAGCACAGAUGGCCUCCUUGAUGUCACCCAUGCUUCCACUGCCGUCACCAUCACAAACAACUAUUUCUCUCAGCAUGACAAAGUAAGCAUAAUUGGUCACAAUGACAAUUUUAGUGAAGAUAAAAAUAUGAGAGUCACAAUAGCCUUCAACCGUUUUGGGGCUGGCCUUACUGAAAGGAUGCCAAGGGUUAGGUUUGGGUAUGCGCAUGUGGCCAACAAUUUAUACAAGGAGUGGAAGAUGUAUGCCGUAGGAGGCAGCGCCAAUCCAACAAUUUUCAGUGAAGGGAACUACUUCAUAGCUCCUGAGACUCCUUUUGCCAAACAGGUUACAAAGAGAGAGGCUGGAGACAGUUGGAAUAAUUGGAAAUGGAGAUCUUCAGGGGAUGUGUUCAAAAAUGGUGCUUUUUUUGUUCAAUCUGGAUAUGGAAGCUGCUAUCCACUUUACUCUCGAACGCAAUCGUUUAAGGUCUCUCCAGGAGCCAUGGUUCCUGCUUUAACCUCAAAUGCAGGUCCUCUGGGCUGCAUUGGUGGCAAAGCAUGUUAAUUUACUUUGCUAUAUAGACCAUUUUCCAACCUUUUUUUUUUUGCCAUUUUUGGUCCUACCCUUUAAGUUUUCUGUAAUUGAAGCUCUGUGCGUACAUUAGCUUCUUGGA